UUCGGGCUGGAGGUUUGUUUUAAUUGGGGGAGGGGGCAGUGAAGAGGGGACGCUCCGACUUCUUCAGUCUGUCUCUUUCGUUCACGGUUUUAGCGGAGGUGGAGAUUUUCAAUUCCACCCAGUCAGACGCAGGCAGGAGGAUCUGGUGAGACUAUCCCAGGAAAAGCCACUCCGAAGAAAUUCUCCGAGGCGGCGGCGGCGGCGCCGGCAGCCCCAGCAUGAGGUUUCUCUCUGCAGGUGAAAAAGUGAGAAGUAUCUCACUGAAAUACUGAAGAAAAAAGUGAAGAUCUUGUCUUACUGAAUUUGCUCACUGGGGACUUCAGGAUGGAAGUCUUGUGUUUAAGAGUUUCCUUGCUGCUGCUGGUCCCGGGAUUUAUCCUCAGUGACAGCUCUGACAGAGACGUUUCCAAUCGGAGCGACUCGGGAAACCCCCUUUCCACCUUCUCAGGGAUGGAAUCCAGCAUCCUCCUCACCACCAUGCAGCCCCCAGUGUCCAACCAGACUGUCAAAUGCUCCCAGCAGACUAAGAUUGCUGAAACUUUCAAAUACAUUAACACCGUGGUAUCCUGUGCUAUUUUCAUCAUUGGGAUGGUUGGGAAUGCAACUCUGCUGAGGAUCAUUUAUCAGAACAAGUGUAUGAGGAACGGCCCGAACGCGCUGAUAGCCAGCCUGGCACUGGGAGACCUUAUCUACAUUGUCAUUGAUAUCCCCAUCAUCGUGUACAAGCUCCUCGCUCAGAAGUGGCCUUUUGGAAAUACAGAAUUUGGACAGUUUCUUUGCAAAUUCCUUCCCUUUAUCCAGAAGGCAUCAGUGGGAAUCACAGUCCUUAACCUGUGUGCCCUUAGUGUGGACAGGUACAGGGCAGUUGCAUCCUGGAGCCGUGUUCAGGGGAUUGGAAUCCCGAUGAUCACUGCUAUUGAAAUUUUCUCCAUUUGGCUUCUGUCCUUCAUACUGGCCAUCCCAGAAGCAAUUGGCUUUGCCGUGGUACCUUUCAAAUACAAGGAUGCAAGUUAUGUUACCUGCAUGCUCAAACCUACAAAUGAUUUCAUGUUGUUUUACAAAGAUGCAAAGGAUUGGUGGCUGUUUGGUUUCUAUUUCUGCAUGCCGCUGGCAUGUACUGCCAUCUUUUAUACACUAAUGACUUGUGAAAUGUUAAACAGAAGAAACAGCAACUUGAGAAUUGCUCUCAGUGAACACCUGAAACAGCGCCGAGAAGUUGCCAAGACAGUUUUCUGUUUAGUUGUGAUUUUUGCUCUUUGCUGGUUCCCUCUCCACCUGAGCCGGAUUUUGAAGAAAAUGGUAUAUAAUGAAAAAGACCCCAGCAGAUGUGAACUGCUCAGUUUCUUGCUGCCCUUGGAUUACAUCAGCAUCAACCUGGCAACCAUGAACUCUUGUAUAAACCCCAUAGCUCUGUAUUUUGUGAGCAAGAAGUUUAAAAACUGUUUCCAGUCAUGUCUUUGCUGUUGCUGCUCCCAGUCUAAGAGUUUGGUGACUUCAGUGCCCAUGAAUGGAACAAGCAUUCAAUGGAAAAACCAAGAACUAAACAAUCACAAUACAGACCGAAGCAGCCAUAAAGACAGCAUAAACUGAGAAUUAAGGAAUCUCACACCAUUUCAGAAUGAAACAGGAAAAUAAAAGUCACUACAAAGCUAUUACAACAGGAAGCCCAGUGACUGUUUCGUAAUGAAUUCAGACAUGUGCACCAUUAUACCUAAUUCUAGAGGUGACUGAGUAGAUGGAGUGAGUGUAACUUUGAUGUCCUGUGAACUGAGAUCCACUGGAUGAUAAUUCUGCCUCUGGAAGGAUAUUGAUGUGAUUAUGACACAAAAAACUGGCUUGAACUAUACAGGUGGUUUUGCUGUUCUGAAGCAGGCAGGAACUGUCCAGUGUCUGUGACUGGUACAAUGCAAUCUUUUUACCUGAUUGUCACCUCGAAUUAAUCACUCUGGAACUUUUGAGAAGAUAUCAAAAUGGAAUCUAUCUGUGACCAUAUUUUCUCUCUGCCCAUCUGUCUUUUAAGUUCUGUUUCUGUGGUGGAUGAAGUCCAUGCACCAGUCUGUUUUGCAUGUUGUUGUGUUGCUGUUUUUCAGGUUUAUGUUAGAAAAUGUUUUGGUCCACGCCAGCAUUUUACCUAUGUUACAAUGGAUCGAGACAUUAGCUGGGCAGUUCACAUUUGUAGCACUUCAGUAUUCAAAUAUAGGAAGAGACCAUUUAAACAGCAUCAACAUUUGGCACUUAAGCACAGAUUAAUACCAAAAAAAGAGGUAUUAAUAAUACAGUACUAUACUGUGUUAUUUAUUCUAAUGCUCUGUACAAAAUAAACAUAAUCUGUAUCAGUGAAAUGAACUGAAGAUGCUCACAGAUGGGCACCUUACAAUGUGUUUUUAUUAACCUGACAUGUUAAUUCUUAAACUAUAUGAACCUUUUAAUCUAUUUAGACUACAGCUGCAUUAAAUCUAAGUUGAAAUGAGGGUCAGUAGAACAUAGUGAAACAUUAUUAAAGCUGUCCACAGCGUUCUGAGAAUAUGGUUAUUAUCAGAGCAGCUAUGCACUCUGUUUUCACAUUGUGAACAUGAGGUUAUAGUCAGAGUGAAUGUAGAAAUGUGGAAGUCCAGAAGAGUUGGAUGUGCAGAGGAUAUUUUGUGCCUUAUUUCUUACAGAGUUCUCUGUCUUAUACAACACUCAAAGAUUUUAAUUUUAAUAGGUUAUCAGCAUUGUUAACCAUACAAAUGCUAUUAAAAAUAUAUAGAAGCUAUUGCUUGCAUAUAUGUAAACUGAUUGUUUUCUUAUUAUUUCCAUCCAUUAAGGCUACACGGCAAGAGAUUCCAGUUUGCCUAUAACAAUUUUUAAUAGGUAGCCUUUCAUUAAAUGGUGGAACUCAAUAGUGUGGUGUCAUACAUAAUAUGUGUCAUGCACAAAUCUGUUAGGCAAUUUAUAGCAUCUUUUGUGCUAGGCUAAGAAGCAGUAAUCAAAAUUCCACAAAUUUUUAAACAUCCAUUUCCUUUCCAGUGAAAAAUGGAAUCCUGCAUAGUUUUAUUUAAGAGGUCAAAAUGCCAGUGCCUACAGUGACUUCUGCUGCACAAGUUUCCCCAAUGUUUACAUUCACACAAAUUUUCUGAAGUAUAUUUAAAAAAAGGUUCUUUAAAUUGGUUUGUGUAUUUUUUGUGUGCUUUUGUCUCUGUGACAUGUAUGCCUGUAUAAAUACAUACAAAUCCAUGUUCAUAUGUUAUAAACCUAAAUACAGUCUUCCGACAGUGCUCUGUGGUAGAGCCUAAGAGCAUGGUAUGGAAUGAGACUUGGCUGAAUUUUACUUAGAACAUUUCAUCCUCAAACUGUAUCAGAAAGCAUAGUAAAUAAGUGACAAUGCUCUCCUUUGAGAAUAUUGAGUUACUGAGUCUCUUUACAUCCUGAAAUCUUCCCUGCUGCUUUGACUGAACGUAUCAAGGAGAUGAUAAAGUUAAACAGAAAAAAAGACAUGAGGAAUGGAUUUAAGUUGUGAAUUGCUCCUCCUUUAUUUCAAGGCAGGAGAAAGCUUUGUGUGCAUUCCCCUUUUCUGCUAUUUACCUGAUGGCUAGAUGAACAAAAACAUUUCACCUGCAAAUCAGUAAUGUGAUUGCUCAGAGACAAUGCUUCUACCUGUCUACAAAAGACAGUAAGCAAUCUAGGUCAGUUAAGAACACUAAACUUCUACCAAAAAAGCCCCAUCUACCUUCAAAAGUUUCAGACUGUGAAAUGGGUCACUUUUAUGCUUUACAAGCACUGAUGCAAAUGGCCAGUCAUGAAAAUCUAAAAUUUUUCCUUCCAGGACUGACAUUUCCAAAAUCUAUUGCCUUCAACCCAAGAGCUGGCUCUGUUAUGUGGCAGAGACACAUGACACACAAAGCAUCCUUUAUACCACCCCAGCCUAGAUGGAAAAACUAUUUUCCUACUCCUCAUAAUGCUGACUGACUUUAGCAGCAGCAUAAAAAAAUACAAAACUUUUUAACUAAUGAAAAGAAGAGGGUAAAAAUUAACUAACAGAAGUGAGAGGUAUUUUUUAGAACCCUUUAAAAUUAUUUUAGUGAGCUUACUUAGAGAUCAGAGCCUGCUAACUGGUGACCCUCAUUCCCUUUCUCCAACCAGUGGAAGGACAGAGAGAGUUUAAAUAAUAGUGACAAGUGAGGUUCUGGGAGGUCUCAUACUCUUUUUUUACUGGUGGCCGCUGCUCCCACUCACAAACCAGUUGUAAGAACAAAGGGUGCUGUGUUGUGGCAGCUGCAGAGAUGAAGGGAAAAUGCUUCUGAAAAACUUCCCAAGGUACUUUUUUAAUUCUCUCCUCUUCUCACACUGAGAAUGGUAAAUAUUCCUCCUGGUUCAGUAUCUACCCUCAUUUCUGAAAAAGCUGACUUUCAAAAAGAGCCAAUAAAAGUAUUCCACAA